GAUGAAACCAAAAUCGAAUCUACCAUCCCUUGCUAGAGUGAAAUUAGAAGAAACAAACGCUGAGAGCACCGCCGGGCUCCGAUGAUUAGAUCUGCUCUAAUUCUAUCGAUGCUUUAGAUAAAAUAAUCUUGGAGAGUCUGCUGCUUUACGAGUUGGGUAGUUUUCUGAAAUUGUGGGUCUUGAUUCUGGUAGCCAGCUGUCGGCAAUUCGUUUCCGUAUGUCUUGUUCACAUUGCCAUGAGGUCGGCGGGUCCUCACCACCCGCAGUUGAGUAUGUUUCGAAAUCCGAACUGGGGGAGGAACAAGCAGAGUGGAACGACCAAGACAGAAGCUUAUAUUUGUGCGUGGCCGACUACUAUGGCCGCAGAUGCAAGGUGCGGUAUUCUGUUUAUCGUAUCAAUUUGAAAGCCCUCUUGUUUAGUAAGGAUUUAAAAUUAGGAACUGCUUUCGCAAUUUCGAAUAAUGAUAAUUUGGGGGCUUGUGCUGGUUUUGGUAUGGGAUUUUCUACGUUAUUGCUGGCUGGGGGAUUUGGAGCCAAGUACUGCAAAGAAUUGGUUGUAGCAGAGCCGUGUAGAGAUAUUUGGGACAUCCAGACUAGAGCUAGAAAUAACAUUUUUCAAGCAAAUUUGGCCCCUUUCUUAGACGGGAAAGUGAGGCCGCUUAUUUGGAACGUUGAUGGAAAUUUGUUCGCUCUCGCUCGUAACCCGCCUCCUCCAAUUUGCGCCGGUUCCAAAGGUGAAUGGACAAACUGUUUUGAAAUGUGUCAGUCUGCUGACAGUCAGUGGGUUCGUUUGCCGGACCCUCCUUCUUAUGCAUACCCUAUUGGUGCUGGUGCUGGUGUUGAUGGGUCUUGGGGUGGCGGUGCUGGUGAUGAGGAGAUGGGUGUUGUUGAUGAGUCUGUCAGAAGGCUCAUUUACUAUUCAAGAUUCUCUUUUGCAAUUUUGGGUAGUCAACUUUUUGUGUCUAAUCCAGAGCAUCCUGAAUAUUCAUACAAGUGCAACCUUUCCAGAGUUAAUGAAAACUGGCCAGUUGAGUGGAAAGUUUCACGUUUCCGAUUUGAGGGUGCAACUCUAGGGGUUCAGACAGCACAAGGGUUUGUAGUCUUUUCCCAUGAUGUCAUUCCACCUGAUUCACGUGAGAUCAAAGUACACCUGUUGAUAAACGGCUCUGAUGAACCGAUGAUGCCUUCUCAAUCGCUAAUGUUGCCACCACAAGAUCUUGAUGUUGUUCAGGAUUCUCAAUUUGUUGACCUAGGAGGUCAGAAAGUCUGCUUUCUCUAUUCUAAAACCAAAACAUCAAAGUUGCUUGUAACCGCCAUCACAUUUAGCUUCCGACUCGAAGAGGGAAACAAAUUCAGAGCCAAAUUUUAUCCUACCCGCAACUGGGAAUUCCAAGAUAAGGCUGAGUCGGAGGCCCUUCUUUGGAAUAUGGAACAGAUGGUUGGUGCUGUUGUUGGGUAAGUUUAUGAAGUGAAGGGGAAAAGAAGGCUCGCAAGAGGGCUCAGCAGUUGUGGUCCAUUUAGCUGUUUAUUAUCUGGGUUUAUCAGGAUAGUACUUAUAUGGUGGUGCACAUUAUAAUCUUCAAGUGCUCCCAACAUUUCUGGUUUUAUCAUGAUAUAUAGUUGUUCAGAAAUCAGAUGUACUGUCUUGUUUAAUUCUGCACAGUAUAAUGUUCUAUUAAGUUUAAAUAUGAUACAUUUGUAGUGCCUUUUACAUGAAAGACUAUUUU